AUGUGGCCCCGCUUGCUGGUUGCGGCGUUGCUGCUUCUGGCCGCUCAGCAUGCUCUAGGCCAAGGAAACGCCUGCUGGAACGAACAGUGCGAGAAGUGCACUGCUGAUUACGUGGGCUGCAAAAAGUGCCGAGACGGGUACUAUGUGGACGCCUCGCGCUUCUGCGCCCCCUGCAAGGACAAGUGGGCCGCCACCUGCACCGCCAACCGCACCCUGACCUGCAACACUGCCGACUACUACACCAACCCUUCCCCGCUGCUGUACCUCGACCCCAAGACCGGCAUUUGCAAGGCGUGGUGCACGGCACCAGGCGCGUUUUCGGGCUGCACGCGCUGCAACGCAGACGGGCGCUGCACGGAGUGCGGCGACUUUGCUUCAACGCAGGGCGCCACGGUACUGGAUCCAAAGAGUGGCAAGUGUGUGAAGUGCAAGGACGAGCUGUGUGGCAAGUGCGACCCAGCCAAACCUUCCAAGUGCUACCAGUGCCAGAAGGAGCCCUACUGGAGCUACUGGGGCGAGGACUAUGGAAUGGUGUACCGAGACGAGAAGUCGGGGGCGUGCGAGUCGUGCAUGCACACCAUUGAAAAGGGCUGCCUGGCGUGCAACGGCCGAGGGGAGUGCACCAACUGCAAGAAGGGCGGCUUGACCAUUCUGCGGGACGGGCGCUGCGUGCCCUGCUCUGCUUUCAUAGCCAACUGCCGCCUCUGCAGUGCCAACGGCAAGACCUGCAAGCAGUGCGCGAUCGGCUUUGGCUUCAAAGGCGGCGCGUGCGUCAAGUGCCCCGAGGGCUGCGACGACUGCGAGCAGGCCAGGCAGGGCUCCUGCCUCGUUUGCUCCCGCGACGGUGCUGGCUACUACUUUGAUGGCAAGGGCUUCUGCAAAAAGAUGCCUGAUGGCUGCAGCACUGUGAACAAGGAUGGCUCCUGUCGCGCCUGCUUCGACGGCUACAAAAUGGUCUCCGGCAAGUGCCUGCGCUGCCGCGACUCCGCGUGCAUUGCCUGCGACAGCGACGCGUGCGAGCGGACCGCGCGGUCGCACUGCGGCGCCGACGGCUUCUGCAGCAAUUGCACCGAGCUGUGGCCGGGCAUCUCCGCCUCCUGCCGGUGGUGGUGA